UACAGCGAUGGCUGCCGCGCUGCCCGAGCGGCUCUUCUCUCUGGAGCUGCUCGUAGACUGGGUGCGUCUUGAAGCCGGGCUGCCGCCGCCGCCCGUAGUCCCGCCGGAGGAGCAGGAGGAGGAAGAGGCGUCGCCGCCGCGGUCGUCGCGCGGCCUGUGCCCCGCCGUGGCCUUCCGCCUGCUGGACUUCCCCACGCUGCUGGUUUACCCUCCCGGCGGCAUGGCCGCCCCCGCCCCGGAACUUCGGCCCGGCCUGGUCAGCUUCGGUCGCGGCAAGUCCUGUCUCUUCCGCCUGCAGCCCGCCACCCUGCACCGCCUGCUCCUUCGGACACCGCUUUACACCUUGCUGCUGCAGCUGCCCCCCGGGCGCCCGACCCCCGCCCCGCAGCUCCUGGGGGCCUGUAGCAUCUCUCUGGCCGCCGCGGCCCACAAGGUCCUGGGGCCCGCCGCCUCCGGCUGCUCCCAGGGUCAUCGGGGAAGUUUCCCUCUACACAACCUAGAGGGGGAGCGGAUUGGGCACAUUGCCCUGGGCUACCGCCUGACCGACCUGGGAAGCAGCUUGCUGGGCCACCUGGAGAGGCCAGUCGCUUCCACAGGAGGUGGAGUGGAGGGUAUGGAGGUCAGUCCCCAAAGCUUGCAGGAAAACCAGCAGGUGCGGCAGCCAGACUCAGAGCCAAGACCAAGAGAUGCUGAUAAACCUCUGAUGGAUGUAAAAAUCUCAAUGGCAGGGAAGGAUUUGAAGGAGGGAGGCUUCCACAGCAAGGCCAACUCUGAUCACAAGUUGGAGAAUGGCAAAACCAACUCCAUUAUUUGUUCAAAGGGUAGCAGUGAGAGGAGUGUUAGCCCCCCAAAUCAGGAAGUCACAGAGUUAGACAUUGAAACCAACAUAAUUUGUCCUCCUCCUCUGUAUUACACUCAUGUGACCCAAGAAAAGACACCUCCUAAACAGGGUGAAAUCACUAUUGAGCCUCAAAUGAAUGCACCUGAGGAAUUGGAUGGUACUUUUCCGGAAGAAAAGCUUGUAAAUCCCCCAACACAUAGUAGACCUCCAGAACAUACAAAUCUUUCAACACACGAGCGGCCUCCAGUGCUUAUACAUCCUGCACAUAUUCAGGAUGUAGGAGCAAGUAACCAAACUACUUACCAUCCUCAAACUGAACAAAAUAGAAUCAACACUGUAAGGCAGCUGCCUUUGUUAAGUGCUUUGUUGGUUGAGUUGUCCUUGUUAUACAACCAACCCAUGGCAAGCCCUACUCAUAUACAUCCUCAUUUAGCCUGCUUAUAUAGAACUGAGGACAAGAAGUCACCAGAAUCUUCUGCCAAAUCCACAUGUAAAUCUGAAUCUAAGGAUAAGCUUCCUCUGGGGGAAAAUGAAAAGUCAGUGAGUCUUCAGUAUAAAAAGAACCAAACUGAAAAUCUUAAGAAAGGUAAAUAUUUUGAAAAGAAAGGUGGUGUCCCCCCCAAAAGAGUUCCAAGGGGGAAGCUACUUUAUGGCUUAACAAACACACUUAAGCUACGUUUAAAGCAAACAAAUCCUGAUAUGUUGAUAGUACACGAAAAGAGAGAACAGUAUAGAAAAACGCAAGCACAAAUGUUGGGUGCAAAACUCAGAAUUCCAUCAUCCAAAGUUAAGACACUAAGUUUUGCAGAACAACAUCAGAAGCCACAUCAACUGCCUAAAGAUAAGUUUUUAGACUCAGAUGCAUCUUUUGCUGAAGAUAGCAAUACCUCAAAGCAAAUUAGUGUAGUUUUUGAUGACCCCAGCACAACUAAAGAAACUAAACUGAAAUGUGCAGCUGAAAAGACAGUUGAUUUACUGGAAGAAAUUGUGAGUCCUGCAAAUUCCAUUGUCUUAGGAAGGUUUAUUCAUACAAAUAUUUUGGGUGGAAGAGUGGAAGUGAAAGUCCAAAGUCCAGGUGAUUUCCAACGGGUCGCAGUAGUUGACAGAAUUGUAGUAGGUAAAGAAAUAGAUGAUAAACAGGUCAAAAUCACUUCUAACGACAUUCUUACUGCUGUUAUGAAUGAAAAUAAUCCAAGUACAAGUAGUUGCUCUGAAAGCAUCUCAGAACUAAAGUAUUCAGAUGACUUCACCAGUCCUUGCUGUUCUGAAGACACCAGCAGAAUUUUACAAGCUCGUGAUAGCAGUCCGGGGACAGGAAAUCCAAAACAUAGUCAACAGACAAGCAAGUCCAGUGAAACAAGGUUGUCCACAAGGAAAAAUAGCAGUGAAAAGAGUUCUAUUCUUAGCCCACCUUUUUCAGCUGGAUCCCCAGUACUCUCAUAUAAAAGAUUUCAUAUUUCAAAGGCUCAAGAUAAAAGUUUGGAGGAAGCGUCUAAUAUCUCUACCAGUGAUUUCUCUUUAUCACACUGGACCGAGGAAAAAGAAAACCAGAGAGAACAAAAUAGUAUGCAUAAUUCUAAAGUUCUAAAGAGGAACCAAGACAUCCCUACUAAACUUAAAACAAGAACAGGUUGCAAGUCCUCAGAAAAAAGCCAGUCACCUCGGACAUCUCAAGAUUCUACCAUUAAAUCUGACAAGAUUGAUCAUGGGAUCACCUUAUAACCCAGGAGUGGGUGUGUCCAAGGCCCGGGCAUCCAGCAACCGACAAGUUUCAACAACCCUUGGUAUCAACAGCAGGGGCCGAUUAUCAGAAGAAUAACACUCCAUCCCUGGCCUGGCACAGAACUGAAGACAGACGUGCUCCAACCAGGAAGAAAUGCAGUUUGCUGAGAAAAAUUCAUGCUUGUUAGAUCUCACCGUGCCCAGUGGAGCUGUUGUGCACAUAUUCGAUAUGUUUCACUAUAUAGUUUAUGGCUGUUAUUGUACAAAAUGACAACUGUCUGCUCCCCAUCGGCAAGGAUCCCAGAUGGUUGAGCUGGAGUUCAGUGAGCCUGUCGCUUUCUGAGUGUGGCCAACACUGUGGCACUUCCAUGCCUCACGUCAGCCAGACCGAGGGAUCCCUGUUCCUUUAAGGACCAGAGGAAACUAGAUCACAAACGGACACGUCAGUGUGUACGUGCAUCUACUUUAGACGCCAUUCAUUUUGGUAGGCCCGUGGCCUUGAGCUAUUUCCUGUCUUGUUUUGGGUUUUCAUAUUUUGUUUUCUGUUUUAGACUAUGCUCUUAUGCUGGUUUUGUGGUGUGUCUGCUUGACCAGGCUAAAUUACACGCCCCAGAAUUUCCUUUCAAGUACGUGAGAAACUGGGCUGAAAGAGACUCUCUCCUGGGGGGAAGGGAGCUGCAGGCUUUCUGUAGGGCACACACCCCUUCUCCCAGAUGUUCCAUCAAACACACAUCUAGGGCCGUGAAGGAAUGAAGACUUCAGAUGAAACUGAAGUCUUUAAUCACCUGACUGUUAAGUUAGGGAAAUUAUCCUAGGUAGGCCUUACGUAAUCAAUUGGAGAGCUCCCGCCCUUUGGACGACGGUUUCAGCCUGUACCCAACGGGUCCCAGCUGCUCCUGAUCCUGCCGUCCUGAUGACCUGCCUUAACAGACUUUGGAUCUGCUUAACUAGCCCCAACAAUUGCAUAAGCCAAUUCUUUAUAGUAGAUCCAUAGAUUCCUCUAUCUAUCUGUCUGUCCAUCCAUCUGUCUGACCAAUAUCCUUCAUCUGUCUGUCUACCUAUCUAUCUAUCCAUCCUACUGGUUCUGCCUCUGGUUAAACCCUGGCUGAUACAGCCUCCAACUCCUUAAGGUCAAGAACGAUGAUUUUUGUUUGUUUGUUUUUGUUUUUGAAUUCACCGUAACACAUAGCACAGUGCUCUGUAAAUACCUGGCACAUUAAAGAAUGUCUCUUGGGUUUUUUAAUGAAGUGUAGUUACUGUGUGAUUUAUUCAUCAGAUACAUAUCUGCUUGAUAACUCUCGGAGAUCCAUUCAAUGUAUCUGUAUUUACUCAGCACCUGAUAAAGGGAAUAGUAGUGUGUGUGUGUGUGUGUGUGUGUGUGUGUGUGUGUGUGUGUGUGUUGUGUACCUACAUGCACACAAGAUGAGAGAGAAAACGAGAUUCAGCUUUGGGACCUAUUCCAGACUGAAGCAGACCCCAUGACUUCCUGGCUCUCUCUCAAGCUGCAUUUUGUGAAGGUGACAGUAACACAGAAUUGAGGUUGCUUGACCUGGUUUAUUGUUAUUCAUCUGAGGUUCAAUUUAUCAUUCACUCAAUUUUCCAGUCAUUGUGGCAUAAAAUGCAAACCUAUCCAUGCAGAAAUAUCCAUUGAAUUCAAAUAAAUCUUAAAAUAUUUGACCCACUCAGGCUAUCACCUAUCAUUAGUCCAAAAGAUACAUUAGACUAUUUGCAAGUGAGGGAAUUAUGUUAUAUAUUUUAAAAUACCAAGAGAAGAUCCUGUCUGUCAGGAAUGCAUUUGAAGUAGUAACAGAAAGAGGCUGAUGUGUUCAAAGGAGAUUGAAGGAGGAAGCCUAAAUUUAAGGGGAAGCCUCACAAAAUGGCCAGGUGGUCAUCCAAGCUAAUCUUGGGAGUUUGGGCACCAUGCCUGGAAUGGCUUUCUGCAGGACUGAGAGGCCUUUGACCCUACAAGAAAGUACCUGGGCUGCUGGACACGCCUGCUGGACCUGGGCACUGGGGGGAAAAAGUCUCUGGGUCUCAUUUCCCUACAUAUGUAAAGGGAGGGCUGGCUUCAGUGACAGCUGACCACACACAGGGGCAUUUUUCCUAGACUGGUUAAGAGGAUUUUGGCAGAAAGUUGUAGCCACUUAUGAACAAAGACAAUGCGCAGA